AUGCAGACUCUGCGUGAGAAGAAGACAGUCCUAACUGAAAUCCUGUCUGCUGAUAUCGGCUUUGUCCUCCAGCAUGUGCAGGAGAAACAACUCAUCACUGAUCGUGAAUACACAAACCUCAAAGUCCCUUCUCAUAGCAGUGAGCAGAUUUCUACUAACUUACUGGACAAAAUGAUGAACAAGGGUGGAGAAACAUAUAUGCUGGACUAUCAAAUAGUCAGUAGCAAACUAAAAUCCAAUUUGAGACAGAAGUAUGAGCGCAUUUUGGAUGGGACUCCAGGAAGAGGCCAUAGAAAGUACCUGAAUGAUAUCUACACUGAUCUCUACAUUGUGGAAGAUGAGACUGGAGGAGUCAUUCAUGAACAUGAGAUUAUGCAGGCUGAGACAUCAACUAGGAGAUUUACCUCAGAGGAAACUCCAAUCACAUGCAGUGACAUUUUCAAAGUCUCUUCUGAUCCAAGUCGAAGAAACCGAAAAGUGCUGACUAUGGGAAUCGCUGGAGUGGGCAAGACUGUAUCAGUGAAUAAAUUCAUACUGGACUGGGCAGAGGGAAAGACCAACCAGGACAUAGAUUUUAUUUUUCCACUCCCCUUUCGAGAGCUGAAUUUAAGGAAGAAGAAAAGAUACAGUCUGAUAGAGUUGCUUCAUAAAUGUCUUCAAGGUUCUGCUGAAUUGAAGUCUCUUCCAGAUGGCGAUGGCAAAGUCAUGUUCAUUUUUGAUGGACUUGAUGAAUGUCGCUUUCCUCUUGGAUUCAAUGACAUUAAUGAGGAAGUAGAAGAGGAAGAGAAAGAAGAAAAGAUUGAUCAGAAAACAACAGUUGGUGUACUAAUAACAAAUCUAAUCAAGGCAAAUCUGCUUCCCUCUGCUCUCAUCUGGAUAACCUCCAGACCAGCAGCAGCCCAUCAGAUCCCGCGAGACUACAUUGACCAGGUGACUGAAGUACGAGGAUUCAGUGAUGAACAAAAGGAAGAGUACUUUAGGAGGUACAAUGACAAGGACCAGGAUAUGGCCAAAAAUAUGAUCUCACACAUAAAGAAAUCAAGGAGCCUCCACAUCAUGUGUCACAUACCAGUCUUCUGUUGGAUAUCAGCCACUGUGCUUCAGCCAAUGCUAGGCAAAGACACCUGUGAAGAACUCCCUACAACUCUGACUGGGAUGUAUACACAGUUUCUAAUUUUUGAAACAAAUCAAAUGAAAAAGAAAUACAAGACUGAACACAUCAUUCUGAAACUUGGAAAGCUGGCCUUUCUCCAGUUGAAGAAGGGUAAUCUGAUAUUUGAUGAGGAAGACCUGAGAGAGUGUGGCAUUGAUGUCAGUGAGGGUUCAGUGUACUCAGGAGUUUGCACACAGAUAUUCAGUCAAGAGCAGGGAGCCUCUGAGAGGAUGGUGUUCAGCUUUGUACAUCUGAGUGUUCAAGAAUUCCUUGCUGCGGUUUAUGUGUUUCUCUCACAUCGUAACAAGAAGAAGAAUCCACUUUAUCCCAACACAGUUGUGAACAGAAUUAAAUGGCGGUUUAAGAGCACGGACGUUUUUUAUGAAUCUGCUGUAGGCAAGGCCUUAGAGAGUGAGAAUGGACACCUGGACCUUUUCCUCCGCUUCCUUCUUGGCCUCUCACUGGAGUCCAGUCAGAGACUCCUGAAAGAACUACUGCCACAAACAGUGAUAAGACCACAGAGUGUUGAGAAAAUAGUCAACUUCAUCAAGAAGACGCUCAACAAGAAUAUCUCAUCAGAGAGGAGCGUCAAUCUCCUCUACUGUCUGAAUGAACUGAAAGAUGACUCCCUUGUGGAUGAAAUUCAAAAGUAUUUGGGCUCAGGACAUCUCUCAACAGAGAACCUCUCAUCUGCACAGUGGUCAGCUCUGGUGUUUGUGCUGCUGAUGUCAGAGGAGACUCAAGAAAAGUUUGAGCUGAAGAAAUACAGAGGAUCAGACGAAGGACUGAGGAGACUUCUACCAGUACUGAAAAACACCAAACAGGCUAUACUUGCUCUCUGCAAUCUCACCGAACAGUCCUGUGAAGCUGUAGCCUCAGUUCUACCAUCAGUACACUGUCCCCUAAGAGAACUGGAUCUGAGUAACAAUGACCUUCAGGAUACUGGAGUGAACUUUCUCUGUGUGGGUCUGAAGAAUCCAUACUGUAAACUGGAGAUACUGAGACUUGCUGGUUGUAAAGUCACUGAACAGUCCUGCGAAGCUGUAGCCUCAGUUCUACAAUCAGUAAACUGUACCCUCAGAGAGCUGGACCUGAGUAACAAUGACCUUCAGGAUGCUGGAGUGAAGGUGAUCUGUGUGGGACUGAAAAAUCCACUCUGUAAACUAGAGAUACUGAGGUUGUCUGGCUGUUUAGUGACAGAGGAAGGCUGUUCUUCUCUGGCUUCAGCUUUGAGUUCAAACCCCUCACACCUGAGAGAGCUGGAUCUGAGCUACAAUCACCCAGGAGACUCAGGGGUGAAGCUGCUCUCUGACAGAAAGAAGGAUCCACACUGUCGACUGGACACACUCAAUAUGGAUCAUGGAGCAGAGAUCAGAAUCAAACCAGGAUUAAAAAAAUAUGCCUGUGAUCUCACCCUGGACCCAAACACAGUAAACACAGAACUCUCUCUGUCUGAGGGGAACAGAAAGGUGACACAUGUGGGAGAGAAACAGUCGUAUCCUGAUCAUUCAGAGAGAUUUGAUUACUGGUGUCCUCAGGUCUUGUGUAGAGAGAGUCUGACUGGACACUGUUACUGGGAGAUUGAGUGGAGUGGAGAUUAUGCUGACAUAGCAGUGACAUAUAAAGGAAUCAGGAGGAAAGGACAGAGUGAUGACUGUGGGUUUGGACACAAUGAAAAGUCCUGGAGUCUGUGGUGCGUUGAUAACAGUUAUGCUGCCCGUCACAAUAACCAGAGAACUGUCAUACCUGCCCCUCACACACACACACACAGAGUAGGAGUGUAUCUGGACUGGUCGUCUGGAACUGUGUCCUUCUACAACGUCUCCUCUGACACACACACACUCACACACAUACACACGUUCCACUGCAGAUUCACUGAACCCCUCUAUGCAGGGUUUGGGUUUGGAUUACGGUCUUAUGUUUCUUACGGCUCCUCCGUGUCUCUAUGUAAGAUGAAAUAA